AUGGACCAAGAGGCUCAAACGCAAGUAUCUCAAGAAUUUCAAAAAGUACUGCUGUCGUCAGUAUCUGCUUCACUGCCCUCAAUUGUUGAUGAUGAUACAAAGAAUUUGAGCGGCCAAGAUGAUGUGUUAGAGCUGGAUCCAUCGGCGUUCGACAAAUGGGUCCCCUAUUUGAGAAGAAGUGUCGAAAGGGAUCAAUUGGGUUUAGCUACUGAGGAGUUAUACAAUUCCGUAGAUGAUCAUUUUGAGGGAUUAGAAGUAGAACUGUUGCAGGAUUCGCAAGUCAAUGAUAAGCUUAGGAACUCAAUUGGCCAAAUAUCGAGAGUACACAAUUUGAUCGAAAAUUCUUUGGUAAGGGAUAUUAGUAACAUUCAAGAUCAGCUGAAUUAUUCUACUAAUGAAGUUAUUAUGAAAAAGGAAGUUUAUGUUAACGAUAAGAAGACUUCUCUUAAAAUUUUGGAAGCAAACAUUUUAAUAACGAAAGUUUUACAAAUUUUGGAACUAUCAAACAAAUGUCAAGAAUUGAUUAUUGAAAGGGAUUUUUUCAAAGCUUUACAAAAUUUGGAUAGUUUAGAAAAAAUUUACUUGCAAGAGUUUAAAAAUUAUAAUUUUCAAUUUUUGAAGGAGAUCUAUAAUUCAAUCCCAUAUUUGAAAUCAUCCAUCAAAAAUGAAUGUAUCAAUUCCAUUAGAAAUCAUUUCAAUUCAAAUAUUGGUAAAAACAUUGCCGAUGUGGGGGAGGGUUACUUUAACGUUUAUGAUGAAAAAUUGUUCCCAACAUGGUUGGAAAAGAAAGAUCACAUGAAGUUGGCCAAUUUCAAGUUCAAUUCACCUGUGGAGGUUUCACUAAGAGACGAAGAUUUAGUGGAAGAAUUGAACUUGGAAAAGUUCUUUCACCUUGAUGAGUUCCAUGAUUCUAUUCUCAUAUUUCGUAGUCUUAACGAGUUGGAUUAUUUGAUUUCUGAGUUUAGAAGAGAAUACGAGUUCAGAAAGGCAAAACUGAUUGAUCCAUUAACUUGGAGAAAAUCUCAAAAGGGUAAUGGUAGUGCCUUUGGUGAUUUUACUAACGAUUUAUUUGCCCAAAGUUUAACGAUGGACUUUUUAAAGCAGUACUUCCUCAAAAUUCUAGGAUUUUUGUUGUAUGAUAUUAAUUUGAAUAGAUCAACCGAUUUCAUACUGGUCGAUAACGACUACAAUGCUACCAAUGAAUUCUGGGAUGCACUGAUGCUUCGUUUGGAGCCCUAUUUGAAACAUUUCGUCCGCAAGUUGCAAACUGAAGAAGAGUUGGGAGAAUUCAAGAACUUCAUGUGCAUGUACGUUUGCAUCUUGGAAAACCAUAAUCUCAACAUUGAACCACUUUACAGACUUCUGAUAGUAGUAUUUGAAAAAGUCUGUAACGUUAAUACCACUGCAUUCAGCGCUGAAUUCGAUAUAUUGUUACACGAUGAUGAUUUCAUGCCAUUGGCUAUUAGCGAUCGUGGUUUGUAUGAAAAAAUGUUGAAGAUAUGUUGGAUGAAAGACGACGAGCUUGCAAAGGCAAGAGCCGAAGCAGCAGAGCAAAAUGGACAAUUCACGAUCACUUUACCCUUCUCACCACUAUAUCCAAUGACAUGUACCCUAUUGAAAAAGACAUACAACAAACUUAUUCAUUUUAUUGGAACUUAUUAUCGUCAUGAGUUGCAUACUUUAAACAAUAUUUUGGUCAAGACUAUGGAAAGUAUUUUCAGUAAAAUAAUAAAUGAGAAGAUCCGUGCCAAAUUGGAUUCCACAUCAAGAGAAGAGAUCGCACAGAUUCUUAUUAAUUUGGACUAUUUCGUCAUUGCCGCUAAGGAGUUUAGCAAUAUGAUGACAAGAGAUAACAUCCUGCAGAAUCCUUCUAUCGAAAUCAAACUUGCAUCCAUUAACAAUUACGUUGAAAGUAGAAAAUAUGCUGAAGAUCAACUGAUAGAAUUAAUUGAUUCUAAGGUUACAGACAUUCUAGAGACAGUAGAUUUGGAUUGGAGGGCGAUGGAAGUGCGGCAGGAACCAGACAUUUCUAUCGUGGAUGUGGCUCAAUUUUUGGAAAUGAUGUUUUCGUCCACUUUGGUAAAUCUUCCUUAUAGUGUGCAAACAUUAUUAAUCUUUAGGGAAUUCGAUUCCUUGACAAGACAAUUCUUAGAUAUUUUACUACAUGAAACCCCGCCCAAGAUUACUCAGGAAAGUAUCUUGAAUUUUGAAGUGGAUAUGAAAUAUUUGGAAGGUAUUAUUUCUAGGAUUUUCCCACAACGGGAAUCAGAAUCCAACGGCAACAAUGAGCUUCAAUCACCUUUGAUGAUAACAUCACCAACGAUUAACGGAUUCACACGGUCGUCGAAUACCAUUGGAAACAAUGUCAAAUCACUGGAGGCAACUUUCACAGAAUUAAAACAAUGCAUUGAGUUAAUGAAAUUAGAGAAUAUGGGUGAAUACAAUGACUCAGAAAUAAGACUAAGAAAGUAUCCUCGUAUAAAGCCGGAAGACGCCUCCCUGCUAAUCUCUAAAGUGGAAAUUCCUAUGAAUGACGUCCAAUCUUCAUUUGACGACAUUGAUCUCAACAACAGUAGUCAGGAAUCCAAUUUCCGUGAACUGAGUACUAAUGGUAAGAAGAUUGCUAAAUUUUUCAAUAGGGGUUAA